AAACGGGAAAGCAGGAGAUUCGUUCGAUCAUUAAGCUUUGAAGAUGAAUAAACAAUUUUUCUUCUUAGCCGGAGUCUGCCUGUUGGCUUAUGUGGCAGUGGAAGUGAGUGCCCAGUAUGGAAUGGGCUAUGGAUAUGGGGGAUACCCCUCCAUGUAUCCAGGCAUGGGGGGAAUAGGAGGUGUUUACGGGGGAAACGCUCAGGAGAGAGCUAAAUAUCGAAGGAAUCUGAUAGCUUAUAGACUGGCACUGAGAGAUUGGCAAAGAAAAGCCUCAAGGACAAUUGUCGUACGAAAUGCUCUCAAUGAUCUAGCAAGGGCUUCUACUUUCAACAAAUGGACUGCUUUGGUGCCUGGUAUUCUGACGUUAUUGGCCUUCUCCAACUCCACAUCCAUUCCCCUCACUGGAUAA